AUGCUAGUGGGUUUUAAAGAGGACGGCGAGGGGAAGAUGAGGAUGGAGUCAGGUGGUUUAAUUGACGCUGGAAACCGUCCAGAUCACAUAAGCACAAUUGGUCGAGCAAAGGCUGGGGGUCGUACAAACAAUGCAAAAACGAUGCAAGAUCAAUCUGAAAACAAACCAUUUAGGCUUGGGGAAAGAAUCUUUAAAGCUCUGUUAUCUUUGACUUUGAAUCUUGUUGUUGGGCAGGCAACCAGUGGUAGAGCUUUUCUAUUUAGCCACGCAAUAAACAUCGUUGAAGGGCUGAAAGAGAACCGGCAUCUAAUAACUGGUCUCCAUACAGUUGCUGAUGUAUUCUGCUCUGAUUGUGGAGAGACUUUGGGUUGGAAGUAUGAACGCGCCUAUGAUGAAUCACAGAAGUACAAGGAAGGCAAAGUUGUGCUUGAGAAUUUCAAGAUUGUCAAAGAAAAUUGGUAGCCAUUAUCAGUGAUCUUGAGUCUGUUCAUGUUGGACCUGUACAGAAGAAUUAAUUCUUUUCAAGUGAAUGGUUUUCAUCACAUAUGGAAGUCAAGGCAUAAGUGCCAUAUGUUGUGUGUGGAUAAUAUUGUAAAUGCUGGUGUUUAUAAAUUCAUUCGGAUUGCACACGGAAUGAAUAUUAGCUGACAGUUACUUUUUGCUUUCAUGCUGAGAAAAUGGAUGGGAGGAAAAGAAUUCGUUCAAA